AUGCCCUUUAAAAGGCCAUCUCCAGCUCGUUCUGAAUCUUCAUCAUCUGUGGAAGAACAUCCUUCAAAGCGGCCAAGACUCAGCUCACCGACGGAAAUAAUCAGUAAUGCAUCAAAUACCCGUCCUCUGAAAGUGUAUAUCGUACCCGCCAAGAUCGAUUCAAAGACGUUCUCGAGCCUCUGCCGUCUGACAGAACGAAGGGAUGCUAUAUUAGAAAAAGUGUCACCCAAGAAAGAUGGAAACGGUACCGAAGUGGAUGUAUGCGACUUUGAUCUUGAACUUUCUGGGGACGUGCACGAGGCCGAUGUAGUAGUGACCGCGGUGCAUAUGAAACAGCGAUUGGAAAGACAUGUAGACUGGGAACUUGCUAAAAGCAAAGCUAUCGUGACGCCUCAAUGGCUCGAAGAUUCGGUCAAGUACGGCAGACCUAUGCCCUGUGGCGAUUAUGCAGCUUUGAACGUUCUCCAUGAUGAAACUGUACAUGAAUGUCCUGACAGACCAUCUUGCAAUUCUGGCAGUCCUGAACCCGGCCCAAGUCAUACGUCCUCGCGAUCACCGUCCACUUCGAAACAAAUACCAGAGGAUGCUCCACAGCCAGCUGAUAUAAGUUUACUGACGCAUACAUCGCGAUAUUGUUGUUGUCGUGCAUCUCCUCUCGUCUGUCCCAACCAAGGGCUGAUAAAGCAACUCGAUAAAAUCAAAGAGGCCAGGAAUUUGGAGGGUGAGGAGAGAAGUAUGCUAAGUUAUGCCAGAGCAAUUUCUGUAAUAAAAGCAUUUCCGCACGUCAUCACGCACAGUAAUUUGAAGCGAGAGAUUUCCAAGCUCCCAUAUUUGGGUGAGAAACUCUUAUCAAUGGUCGAGGAGUUCAUAAAAACAGGUCAGAUAAAUGAAACUCAAGGAAUCCUCACUUCCUCUAGAUUUCAAGCUCUUUCUGCAUUUACGACCAUUCAUGGAAUAGGUCCACACACUGCAAGAAAACUUUAUAACCUUGGUCUGCGUACCCUAGAAGAUUUGGAAAGAUAUUAUGAAGUCGAACCUGGCAGAUGCGGCCAGGAAACGCUAGCAGUCAUUGAAGCGGCUGGCAGAGAGAGCGAUGAAGCCAUUGUCGAACGGUCUAUCAAAGUAGCCUUGGCAUUGCGCCACGAUUUUAGCCAGACGAUACCUCGUGCGGAAGUGGAAGAAAUGAACAGGGUAGUGAUGAGCGAACUAGAACAAAUAGAACAGGGCUGCAAGAGUAUCGUUGUUGGAGGAUACCGACGGGGUAAGCCACAGAGCAAUGACGUUGAUAUAGUUAUAUCACAUCGAAAUUGGGAAAGUGGUGCCGGAAAAAUUAAAGGGCUUUGCAAAAGAUUUGUGCGAAGAUUACACGAGCGUGGACUUGUCACCCAUGUCAUGCACCUGUCUGGUUUUCAUGAGCAUAAUGCACUCAGAACACAUCAUUGGGAUUCGUUGGAGAAAGCUCUAACUGUUUUCGUGCUUCCCGGAGAUGGCAGUCAAAGGCGCGUUUACAGACGUCUGGAUCUGAUAUUUGCGGCUCCCCAGGUAUUCUGGACGGCCGUGGUAGGCUGGACGGGGUCCACCAUGUUUCAACGGGACUUGCGACUAUAUGCGAAGCAACAGAAGUGAGUGUCCUUUACAGCGUUAGUAGAUCGCGGCGACACGAUUCAAAACUUUUCUUCCCAAAAACUGAAAGGGAAGUGUUCGAGUUGUUGGGGUUAGUAUACGUGCACCCCACCUUGCGCAAUGCCGAUAUUUAACUCUUCGAAGCUAACUUUAUAAUUGAUUAUUUCUGUAUCAC